AUGUCUUAUUGUGAGGGAUGCAACUGCGGCCGUAGCAAGGAAACGGUUCCUGUUGCUGCUUCGGCACCUGAGAUCGAAAUUACCCGUCCGGUCCGAUCUUUCACGGCACCAAAUGAUUUGAAGGAGCCUGUAGAAGAGAUAAUACCGGCUGUACCUCUCCGCUCUAAAGUAUGGUUUAAUAACCCCGACGAUGUGAACGAAAUCACGGACCUUAAUCGUCCCCUUAUUGGCAUUGCGCAAACAGGUUCCGACCUGACUCCUUGUAACAAGCAUCACCUGCAGCUAGCAAAACGAGUCCGAGACGGUAUCAUUGCAGCCGGAGGAACUCCGAUAGAGUUCCCAUGCCAUCCAAUACAAGAAGGCACAAAGAGACCCUCAGCAACUCUCGAUCGGAACUUAGCGUACUUGUCUCUCGUUGAAGUGCUCUACGGUUACCCACUGGACGGAGUCGUUUUACUUUCUGGUUGUGAUAAGACGACCCCAGCGCUAUUAAUGGCUGCCUCAACGGUUAACAUUCCGUCCAUCGUCAUGAAUGUGGGACCUAUGCUUAAUGCUUACGCCGGGUCUGAGCUGGUGGGAUCCGGUACCGUUGUCUGGAAUGCCCGAGAGGCUCUCGCCUCGGGACGCAUUACCCGGGAUCAAGCAAUGCAACAAGUCGCUCUUUCAGCUCCAAGCGUCGGCCACUGCAACACAAUGGGCACAGCGAGCACCAUGAACGCUCUUGCUGAGGCACUGGGAAUGGCGCUUCCUGGAAGCUCAUCUAUUCCUGCAGUCUAUCGGGAGCGAGGCGCCUGCGCCUACCAAACAGGUAGACGGAUUGUUGAUCUUGUACGACAAGAUGUAAAGCCAUCUGAUAUUCUAACCAAGGAUGCUUUUGAGAAUGCCAUCGCCGUCUGCACAGCGAUCGGAGGGUCAACAAACGCGCCCAUCCACCUGAAUGCCUUGGCCAAGCAUGUUGGAGUCCAAUUAAAUUGUGAUGACUGGGAACGCAUUGGCUAUAGCCUCCCUCUACUACUCAAUGUACAGCCUGCCGGCGCCUACCUGUGUGAAGAGUAUCACCGUGCGGGCGGUCUUCCAGUUUGGGAACUUCUUAACGCAGAUAAACUCCCACAUCCAGAUGCUCUUACCCUCACCGGCAAGUCUAUUGGCGAGAAUUGUAACACCGACCAGACCAACGCUCCUCAUGUCAUCUUUCCUUUUGAGAAGCCCCUGAAAUCCAAUGCUGGAUUCUUUCACCUGAAGGGCACAUUAUUCAACAGUGCCAUCAUGAAAACCUCUGUUAUUAGCCAGGCCUUCACUGACCAGUAUCUCUCCAACCCGACGGAUCCAAUGGCUUUUGAAGGCCCUAUUGUCAUCUUCAAUGGACCAGAACAAUACGACGCCGAGCUAGAACACAGAAAGGAUAUUGGAGCAAAUUCGAUAUUAAUCAUGCGCGGAGCAGGACCCAUUGGUUACCCUGGCGCAGCAGAGGUCGUCAAUAUGCAUGCCCCUGGACGCCUGAUAAAGCAGGGGAUUGUCUUGCCUUGCAUAGGUGAUGGGCGACAAAGUGGAACGAGCGGAACCCCGUCGAUUCUCCAUGCUUCACCAGAGGCUGCAGCAGGUGGUAUGCUGGGCUAUUUGAAGGAUGGUGACUGGGUUAGAAUUGAUCUCAAUAAAAGAUCAGCGGAUGUCAGACUCACCCUGGAGGAGAUUGCACAAAGAAAGAAGGAGAUGGGGUUGUAUCCAUACCCACCCGCGCAGACUCCAUGGCAGGAGAUGUACAGAGAAGCUGUUGGUGACUUAAGUGAAGGCAUGGUUUUGAAGAAGGCAGUCAAGUUCCAGCGUAUCGCGCAGAACUUCGGAGUUCCUCGACGGAAUCAUUGA